AUGCUUUUCAAACCACUGUGAACAACUUAAUUGUAGUGGUCUCUUAUUCAUACUACCACAGUUUCCAUCUCGAUUCUUUCCCCAGUUGUCCACGACCAGAUCUUGGGGAUGCCGUCUGGGCCCAGGAAGCGCAUGCCAAGUGUCAGUGAUGACUGCAACAACAAUGAAAACUUCCAGCAGAAGAAAGCAAAAACCGAAGCAUCAAUGAGUUCACCACCCCAUAACAUGCAUAACGCAGUGAACUGGAAAAUUGAUGCAAAUGGAGACAAAUUCUGGGAGCUUUCUAAAAUGCGUCGUGUCACUAUCUCCUCCUUUCGAGGGAAGACACUCGUCAACAUUAGAGAGUAUUAUGAGAAGGAUGGGCAAGAGCUCCCCGGGAAAAAGGGCAUUUCUUUACCAAUCGACCAGUUCUCUGUUCUUGUAACAUUAUUACCAGAUAUUGAAAUGGUGCUUAAAGAGAGCGGGGAGUUUGUGCCGCGGCCAGAUUAUCCUCAGGCCAAUAAAAAGCCAAAUGGUGAUGAUAGUAAUGAAACAGACCACAGCGCGGAAUAUGAGAGCAAAUAUUCAAUGAAGAAGAAUAUUGAAGCAACCAGUGAGGAAGACUAGAACCAGGACAAGCUCUUAUUUGGUUCAGGAACCACAAUGGAUGAAAUUAUACAUAUUUCUCUGUUUAUAUUUGUGCAAAUGAUGUGCGCCAAAAAGCAGCAGAGUGGAAGUGGAAGAGAAGGAAGGAAAGGAAAGAUUAGGCAGG